AUGGUCAAAUGGUGUAGAAUUUCCCAUGAAGCUUUAGACGAGGCAGAAAAAUCGCUUAUCAGCAUAUCAGGACUUAACAUAGAAUCUUUCAGGAUCGAUAUCGAUGAAAGUCGUUCAAUUUUUGGCUUGAGCUGCGGCGAUGUCUCUAAGCCUCCUCUAAUAUUGCUUCAUGGAUUUUUAGGUACAAGCAUAAUUUUCUACAAGCUUCUCCAAAGUCUAUCUCUCCACUACAGAGUUUAUUGUCUCGAUCUUCUGGGAAUGGGCAGGUCAAGCCGGCCUCUUUUCACUUUAGAAUCUCGAGAAGAAACCGAAGACUUUUUUGUGUCACCAAUUGAAGCUUGCAGAAAUGCUUUGGGCCUAGAAAAAAUGAUAUUAGCAGGACAUUCAUUCGGAGGAUACAUAGCUGGGUGCUACACUGAAAAAUUCCCAGAAAGAGUAGAAAAAGUAGUCUUCAUCUCAGCUGUUGGCGUUGUGAAACCUCCUGAUGACUAUGAUUUUGAGAAAGCCUUGAAGAAAAAGAAAUGGACCUUCAGAGUUCUGUUCAAAGUCGCUAAUUGCAUGUUCAAAAAGGGAACGACGCCUGCUUCUCUACUUAGAAAGUCAGGCCCGCUUUCCGGAAAACUUGUAAAAAUGUACUUGAGGAGGAGAAUCAAAGGACUCCCGGAGGAAGAGCUCAACAACCUAAAAGUGGUCCUGGAGCAAGUCAACUUGUUCCCGGGAAGUGGAGAGUUUGGGUUAAGCAAAAUUUUAAAAGCUGGAGCAUGGGCUCAUGCACCACUGUGUGACAGAAUUCUUGCAACUCCUGCAAUAUACUUGUAUGGAGAUAAGGAUUGGAUGGAUCCUGAAGGAGCACGCCAGAAUGCGAUUGUCAAUGCUGCGCCAGUGAUAUGUGAAAUCGUUUCAAAUUCAGGGCAUCAUUUGUAUUUGGAAAAUCCAACUGAGUUGGGGAACAAGAUUGUCAGCGGACUAGAAGAGUUAGAUAGGAUGCCUUGGAAAGAGGUUGGCCCGAAUAGAGAGGCGCCUGAAGAAGAUAUAGAUAGUGCAGUGUCUCACUUGACCCUGACUGGAGAAAAUCUCAAUUAA